UUAUGAACAUCCAACCAAUAAAGAAUCUCACAUUCAGAGCCUAUAUUGCUGGAGAAGAAGACGAGACAGUGAAAAAACAAAGCAGAGACAGAAACAAAUUCCCUUCAAAAUGGCAAACCCCAUUCUCUUCUUCUUCUUUUCCAUCCUUCUUCCACUUGUUUUCCUGCAAACCCAUUUCUCAUUCUGCGAUGCGAUUCUUGAUCUCAGAUCUUUUAAGGGCAGUGAAAUGGAUUUAAUGGCAAAAGGGGUUUGCAAUCAGAAGAUCGGGGAGUGUCUGACUGAGCCAGAAAUGGAAUCAGAAAUCAGCAGGAGAGUUCUGAUGAUGCAGAAGAAGUAUAUAAGCUACGAUACACUAAGAAGGGACAUGGUUCCUUGUUCAAGACCAGGCGUUUCAUAUUAUGAAUGUCAUCCUGGUCCAGCAAAUUCUUAUGACAGAGGCUGUGAAAUCAUUACUAGAUGUGCUAGAGAUGUUCAUGACAUAAACACUUGAUGAUGAUGAUGAUGAUGAUGGAUGAGAUGCCACUGGUAAGGUAUAAAACUUGAAUUUCAUUGCUUGAUCCCAAUAUUGGAAGUGUAGCUUCUGAACUCUGUAAGUUACUUGUGGAGGACUAUAUUAUUCUUACUAAAGAGUUUGGACACUCUUACAUAUGAUAUUACCAGCGGUCAUUGAAACUAAUGAAAAGCAAAGGGCUCAACUGUGGUCACCCACUUAAAAUCUUUUUUAAGUCUCACUCUUGUGGUGGGAGGAUAUUCCAUUUUCAUAUUUUAACUUGAAUUUCCUUUAACUUAUAUUUGUACUUUUGAAUGGUAAUUGUAUAUUUAUAUGGUAGUUGAAUCUUAUCCAUAAUACCAUUAGCUAUUUAACUUGCUCAUCACACACACACAUAUAUAUACACACACACAUGUGCAUAACCUGAUGCCUUUUCAUGCUGGAAGUCACUUAGUUCAUUAUUUUUUGUGAUGAGAAGUGCUUUUUUAGAAUUUUGAGAUGGAGCAUUUUUCUUACAAAAAUUCUUGAAAAAAAAAAAUAAUAUACAGAGUUCUUUCUGGAAGUUCCCUAACCGCCUUUGAAGAGUAUUUAAUGAGUCCGUUUUUGUUUUUGAUCUUUCACAUAAGCAACAAUGUAAUCCUUUCAACUUUAGACCCUUAGCAUGUAAAGAAUUUAAUUCCUAUACUUUUAAAUUUGUUACAAUUUAGUACUUACCUUACCAUACAAAAAGUCUCACAAAAUUAAGUAUCAAAUUGUAUUAAGUGAUAACUUAACGUUGAUAGUUUAUAAACAAAUUUGAUCCUUAAUUUAUCACUCUUUACAUGUAGAAGAAAUUUCAUUAUAUCUAGAUAAUAUAUUUUAUUGUAGAGACUAUAUUGUAUGAAUUGUAAAGUAUAGAGAUUGAAUUGUUAUUUAUUGAAGUUUCUAGAUUAAAUUCCGCCAUAAACUAACAAUCAAGGACUAAAUUGUUACUUCUAUUAAAGUUGAGAGAGAGAUGAUAAGUGUAAUUUUAACUACUUUAAAACUAUCUAUUGUUUAUGCUUUGCAUAAAUUUACUUGUACUCUUUUUGCAACUUGAUGAUUGUUACUCUAGUAGAACUGCUUUUCAACGUAACUGUGAUUC